GUAUCCCCGCGCCUUGGGGCUGCCCCUUCCGCGUGCCGGUGACCUCCAGCCGAGCGGGCCUGGCGCCAUCUUGGAUGUCUGUCCCUGGGGGAGGGUUCCUUGGAGCAGGCAAAAGUCACAUCCCGGUUGCUCAUUUUCACCUGUCCCAACUCAGCCCUCACAACGUUCUUUUCUCAGCCUCUUGGCCUUUCAGGAAGAGCCCUGGUAGCGAAGUGGUUAAAGCGCUCGACUGCUAACCGAAAGGUGGGCGGUUGGAACCCACCAGACCUUUGGCGGGAGAAAGAUGUGGCAGUCUGCUUCCGUAAAGAUUUACAGCCUUGGAAACCGUAUGGGGCAGAUCUACUCUGUCCUGUAGGGUCGCUGUGAGUCGGAAUCGACUCCACGGCAGUGGGUUUGGUUUGGUUGCACUUGCAGAGUUGUCACACCUCCAACCUCAUAUAUUUGUUUUCUGCUCUCAUCCUGACUAAUGCUUUCCUUGUUCUUAAUCUGCCGCAGACUUUCAGCUCCAGAACCUCAAGUGCCCCGAGCAAAGGAGAUAGUGGAGCCUCCAAAGCCACAAACCUCUAGUCAGCAGUUCUCGAUUUAAAAAGUAAACCAUGAUUGUUGAAGUGAACAGAACAGCAAGAGUACUCCGUCCCUUCAGCUUUCCUGCCACAGCCCCUCAUCCCCUGAAAAUGUACACCUGCACCAAGUUUGUCUCCACCCCCUCCUUGGUCAGGAGCGCCUCUCAGCUGCUGAGCCGACCGUUGUCUACAGUGGUGCUGAAACAACCCCAGACACUGACAGAUGAGAGCUUUAGCAGCUUGACAGCCCCACGUUCUCUGACCUCACUUAUCCCUAGUCGCAGCUUCCAAACCAGCGCCAUCUCAAGGGAUGUCGACACAGCAGCCAAGUUCAUUGGUGCUGGGGCUGCCACAGUCGGAGUGGCUGGCUCUGGAGCUGGGAUUGGGACUGUAUUUGGAAGCCUCAUCAUUGGUUAUGCCAGGAACCCUUCUCUGAAGCAGCAGCUCUUCUCCUACGCCAUUCUGGGCUUUGCCCUCUCAGAGGCCAUGGGGCUCUUUUGCCUGAUGGUGGCCUUUCUCAUCCUCUUCGCCAUGUGAAGGAGUCGGCUCCACCUCCCGUAGUUCUUUUUCCUGUGUCUCGUCUGCCCUAUAUAUUCCUUUCCCUGUACCUCUCCAGGCAGCCUGGGGAAAGUGAUUGGCUCAGGGUUUGACAGAGGGAAGACAAAUAAAUACUGUAUUAAGAUGUUU